AUGACGGAAGAUAAGAAGAUGCAAAACUAUCUAGAUUACAUCUCUGUGUUGUGCGCCGCUGAAUACAGAAUCUCCUACAGAACCGGUCUGGUCUGGUCUGGUCUGGUGUGGUGUGGUGUGGUGUGGUCUGGUCUGGUUUGGUCAGGUGUGGUGUGGUGUGGUGUGGUGUGGUCUGGUCUGGUCUGGUCAGGUGUGGUGUGGUGUGGUGGGGUCUGGUCUGGUCAGGUGUGGUGUGGUGUGGUCUGGUCUGGUCAGGUGUGGUGUGGUGUGGUGUGGUCUGGUCUGGUUUGGUCAGGUGUGGUGUGGUCUGGUCUGGUUUGGUCAGGUGUGGUGUGGUCUGGUCAGGUGUGGUGUGGUGUGGUGUGGUGUGGUCUGGUCUGGUUUGGUCAGGUGUGGUGUGGUGUGGUCUGGUCAGGUGUGGUGUGGUGUGGUGUGGUGGGGUCUGGUCUGGUUUGGUCAGGUGUGGUGUGGUCUGGUCAGGUGUGGUGUGGUCUGGUCAGGUGUGGUCUGGUCUGGUCAGGUGUGGUGUGGUCUGGUCUGGUCAGGUCUGGUGUGGUCUGGUCUGGUCAGGUGUGGUGUGGUCUGGUGUGGUGGGGUCUGGUCUGGUCAGGUCUGGUGUGGUCUGGUCUGAAACACACUUUAGCACACGUUUCACUGGGCGUCACAUGA